AUGGAUUCAUUUGAAGCACGUUUGCAGUUUAUCCAAGUUAUUAAGAACUUACAGAAAAGUCUAAACGUUUCAAAGGAAGAUACAGAUGGAACCUUGGGAAUAGGUCUAGGGUCAGGUCAAUCCAGUGGGGCGAACUCUGUAUCGCAUAGUGGUAGUUAUUCUAAUAUACAGGAACUGGACGAUACCACAAUUGGCACGCAAGUAUCGAAGUCAAUGUCAGAUCCACUACAAUUUUACUUGAAGCAUUAUGCACAUCACUAUGAGGACUUCCACCAGUGUCUUUUUGACACAGGUUUAAAGAUGGACCCAUUGCAUAGACUGAAUAUUGUGAUAUUCUACUACCAAAUUAUAUUAGCGCUUGUCGCAGAGAUGAAGAAACGCAAACUAGACACCAGCAGUCUUCAAGCUACUGUUGUGUAUGAACAUCUAAUACCGUCCAUGCCACGCAUAUUUGAAAUAUGUCUACCGAAGGAUGAUUGGAAGGCACUCUCCAACUUGAAAUCAUGCACAGAUAUAUACUACAACCUUCUUCGGUUAUUAAAAACACUACCGGGGUACCAGCUCGAGAUGUCGCCUGAAGAAAUGACACUAUCUGAAUAUACAAUGGAUUCUGAGGAAGUAAUACAGGCGAUGACUCAACCCACAUCUGAAUUAGACUGGAAAACGAUAGCAAACGAUGAUAAGCCGCAGAACGUAAGCCAGUCUAUACUGUGGACCCGUGAGCUAUUGAAUGAUAGAAUGAUUAAGAAGUAUGUAGUGUUCAAAACCUUUGUCACCAACGGUGUUUGCAACCUAAAGAACUCACACAAUAGCAGCACGAGUAACAACAACGUGAGCAAUAUACUACACAGAAUGGAGAACGAUAGAGAGAGACACAAGCGACAAAAGGAGAACAACUGGGUUGUCGAACGUGUUUCACAGUCUAUGCUGGAUGAGAAUGAAUUCAAAGCAGCAUGGAACUCAAUUACUUCCCUUCCAUCACUAUCAAGAAGCGACCAAAAGGAUAUACGACAAUUGCAUACAAUAGCCAGAGGAAGCUACUUGAUUUAA